AUGAAGCCGAACCCGGUCAGUAUUCCGGCCCCAGGCCCCACGCCAGCCGAGGACGGCGCCACCAACCGGUCUUCUGCCUUCAUGGCUGACCUGAUACCAAUCCUCAUUGCGGCGAUGUAUGUCCUCUUUCUACUGUGUUGGUUUCAUAGGAAGAUUGCCAACCUUUCUCGCAAAAUCGUCUCAUUUUUGAAGUUCAGCGAGUGGAGGAAACAGAGUGGUGGCGAGGGGCGAGGUGGCUAUAUCAAUGUUGCAGAGGAAGCAGACGAAGAAGAAGACCCAGCGCAGGACCGGGGAAUCGAGCCAACGCCCGCAAAAGCUUCAUUAACCGGAUCAAAAAAGCGAAGGAAACGACCAAAAAGUCUGGUGCUAAAAGACUAUGCUCGUCUCCCCUUGUCGCUAGCUGAAGGCUUCACGGAAAAUGAACAAAACAACUCUGAGUCUACACAACAUCGGCAACCUAGUGGGUAUUCAAACAAUGGAGGGUGGCGAAGACAAAAGGGAGACCCGUUGGGGCUAUCAAAGCACUUUGAUGCAGAAACAGGGAGGUUGAAGAGGCAUGUUUUACUGGACCCUGGGACGAAGCUAAACCAGAUGAGAUUCGAGGACGCAGAUAGAACAAAGACCUAUAACGGAGGCCUUGGUAAUAAUGUGAUUGCGCGGUGGUUUGACCACGUCGUUCAUUGGACGGUCGUUAGAAGCCAGGCAUGGCUAGAACCAAACGACCGGCGGAAUUUAAUUAAGAAAUGA